AUGUGCGAGUUCGUGGGUCUGGAUCUGGAGAUGACUAUUAAGGAGCACUACCACGAGGUCCUGGAGGUGUUCUCGGACCUGUACAUCUACAUUUUCGAUGGCUUGAAGGAACGUUACGCCAACGAAUUGGAUACUAUCAACAAUCAGUACCCGUUCGAGCCGCUCAAGUACAUUAAGCCACGAUCUGAGCACAGAGCACGAGAAGUGGCUGGGUCGUCUCUUCCCGCUGGCGUGCGUCCUUUCUACACGAUGCCAGACCCGACGGACAAGCGUUGGAGCCACUCGAACGACAUGAUGAUCCGAGGCGAGGAGAUGGUCUCGGGUGCGCAGCGUGUGCACAUUCCAAAGCUGCAGAUGGAGCGUAUGGACAUACUGGGUGUGCUUCAGGAGUCGAUGCGCAACUACAUCUACUCGUUCCGUCUUGGCGCUCUGCCCCACGGUGGCGGUGGUAUUGGUCUGGAGCGUGUGGUCAUGUUGUACUUGGGUCUGGGCAACAUCAGUAAGUCCUCCAUGUUUUCGCGUGACCCCAAGAGGUUGCUCCCGUAA